AUGAGGUUCUCAAUGACAUAUCGGGUAGCUCUCAUGCUCGUAGGAGCAGCCUCUUGUCACCAGCACCACUUCCAGCAUCGAACAGACCAAGCCCCGAUCGGCGAAUUAACCCUGUCAAUCAACGGAGUUUCCUUCGAGACGAGAGCUCAUUGGAUGAGACAGGCGAACCUGGCUCUGGGGGAUUCUUGCCCCUUCGCCGCAUUUGGGAGUGUCAUCGUGAAUCACACAGCGAACCCAGGAGUAGGGGAGUUGGUGUGUACCGGUGCCAACAGCCAUAGCCGAACGGGAAACCCUACACUUCACGGGGAGAUGGCAGCAAUAAGCAACUGCUCGAGUAUAUUGGCAGACCCAAACGGGCCAUACAGUCUGUCACCCAGCGAAGCCCUAGCCGCAUUCACCGACCUCUCGCUCUACACGAACGCCGAGAGCUGUCCAAUGUGUGCGUCCGCAAUUCGCUGGGCAGGGUUCAAGGAGUACGUAUACGGCUCUUCCAUAGACAAGCUCGUCGAGAAGGGUUGGGCCCAGAUUCACGUCUGGUCGUUGGAGAUAUUCCAACAGUCGCUCGACUUGCCGAACCCAGGCCACCUCAUUGGUGGUGUCUUGACGAACGAGACGGACCCCUACUUCUCGUGGCAGUUCGACGCUGCGUACCCGUGUCCGAAGGGAUGCUCUAGGGUCGAUGGUAGCUGUACGGCUCAGUAG